CUGGAGUCGCUGCUGGGCGCCCUGGGCGCGCAGAUGGGCGGCGGCGGCGAGCCCGUGGAGGUCCGGCUGCGGGGCGUGGCGGGCGAGGCGGAGUUCGGGCCCGCGGGAGCCGCGGGCCUGCCGGUCGUCUUGCGCCUGCACAGCUCCCUCGCGGUUGCGCUGCAGGCCAGCGGCGCCUCGGCCUCCACGACGCACGGCGACUUGGAGCUGAGCUGUGACGGCCCCGCCGAAGGCGCGGCCAGCGGCGGCGCGGCCUUCCGGCUGCAGGCUGGCGAGCCACUGAGGCUGACAGGGCUGUGGCCGCGCAGGGAGGAGGAGGCGGACGUGCGCCUCCUCGGCGUGAGGCUCCGGUGGGCGGCCUGCCCCGCGGUGUGCUUCGUCGUCGACGCCCUGGCGCUGGAGCGCGGGGGGCAGGCGCCGCCAUUGCUGCCGCCCCCGCGG